GCAGGCAAGAAGAUAACAGAGAGAAAAAUCUAUGUAGAGAAGAUAAGCAGCAGAUGGUAUCACUAUCCCCAUUGUCCAAGGGUUUAAGAGUAUAUUCUUCUUGUGUGUCUAUGUAGCAUUUACAAAGCUGGGGAAAUGAGUACAAGUACAUCUCUCUGUUGCUGCAAUUAUUCAGCUGCUGCCUCUUCACUCCCACCCGCUUCUUCAUCAUCACCCGCUACUACUCCCCAAUUCAAUUCAAUUAUUCAAACAAGUAGGAGAAGAAAUGAAUUGAAAUGCGGAGUUAUAUCUUCUCAUUCCAACCCCAAGCUUAUUAAACCCAAUCUCCGUUCUACUUUCGGCCACCCUCUCUCCCCUUACCACUCCCCCCACCGCCGCCACGACGACGAGGACGAGGAUUUGGAUGAAUUAGAAGAAGAAGAGGAAGAAGAAGAAAAUGAUGAUGAUGACGAAGAAUCUGAUGAUAAUAUUACUAGACUCAGAUCACGAAAUGCAACUACUAAGAACGGGAAGAUCACGUUGCAGCAGGGAAGCAAGAAUGGAUAUAAUGCCUACUCUAAGACGAGAGAGGGUGUUGGUUCUUUAAGUUCUAAUGCACGGCCGAAGCAAGAAGCAAGGAUCUCUGGCAAGAACAGAUACCCUCGUCUAUCUGAAGAGCUAGAGUUAGAUGAAAGAUGGAUUCCGCUUCUUGAUUACCUGUCCACAUUUGGACUAAAGGAGUCGCAUUUUAUUCAAAUGUAUGAGAGGCAUAUGCCUUCACUUCAGAUAAACGUGGUUUCUGCUCGUGAAAGAUUGGAGUAUCUGUUGAGUGUUGGUGUGAAAAACAGAGACAUUAGAAAGAUACUUUUGAGACAACCACAGAUACUGGAGUAUACAUUGGAGAACAACCUUAAAUCUCAUGUUGCUUUUCUGGUGAGCUUAGGCAUCCCAGAUUCCAGAAUAGGGCAGAUAAUUAGUGCUACUCCAUCCUUGUUUUCUUAUAGCGUGGAAAAUUCACUAAAACCUACAGUGAAGUAUUUACUUGAGGAGGUCGGUAUCAAGAAGGAUGAGUUAAGAAAGGUUGUGCAGCUUAGCCCUCAGAUUCUUGUUCAGAGAAUAGACACUACAUGGAACACUCGUUUCACCUUCCUUACCAAGGAACUGGGAGCACCCAGGGAUAAUAUAGUGAAGAUGGUUAGAAAACAUCCUCAACUUCUUCAUUACAGCAUUGAGGAUGGUUUGCUUCCUAGAAUCAAUUUUCUGAGAAGUAUUGGAAUGUGCAACUCUGACAUUGUUAAAGUGUUGACUAGCCUUACACAGGUCUUCUCACUUUCGCUUGAGGGAAAUUUAAGGCCCAAAUAUAUGUACUUGGUCAAUGAACUUCAAAAUGAAGUGCAGUCGUUAACCAAAUAUCCUAUGUACCUUAGCUUGUCUUUGGAUCAAAGAAUACGCCCCCGACAUAGAUUCCUGGUUGCCUUGAAAAAAGCACCAAAGGGGCCUUUCCCGUUGAGUUCAUUUGUUCCGACUGAUGAACACUUCUGCCAGCAGUGGGCAGGGACUAGUGUGGAUAAGUAUCUAGCAUUUCGGCAGAGAUUAUUACUCAAGGAUUUAGCAAAGAAAUAUGAGAAACGAUAACAAGCUGAGCUUUAAAUUACUAGCUUGUAGAGGAUCUGCUGAUUGUCUUUGCAUAGCUCAUGCCUAGUACGGAUUAUCUUUUCUGCAUGUAGAGGAGCUAGUCAGUAACAGUUCCAGUUUUCUUCUCAUUGUUGGCACAUACAUUUUCAGUGUGAGGCAAGCCUACAUGUUCACUCCUGAAAUUGCUUGACAACAAGUCCCAGUGUAUGUAUUCAAGAUACUAUACAUCAACUACAGCUGACCAAGAUUAUAUCUUUGACGAUAAAAGUUUUUGGAUCCCAGAAUAUAUCCCUAUCAUAGUUAAACAGACACUUCUACAGUAUUAUAUCAGUAUAUAUUUAUAUCAUAGUUAAAAAGAGACUUAUAUACAGUAUCAUCUCACAUUUGUAUGAGAGUACACCGAGGGAGAUGAACACACGUUCCCUCUUAUGCCGCGAGAAAGUUUUGUAGCUUGUAAAAUAGAACUGGAUGUUUCCCUCAAAUGCUCAUGCUUGGGCUAUACAAGUGUAGAUUUUAUUAUUGUACUUCAUUCUACUAUAAUUCUUUACGUUGCUGCUUAGUUUUUACUA